UUUCUAAAAAAUUAAUAAAAACUGCAUUACCCAGCAUGCAUCACGAUGACGUAGAUAGCAAGAGCCUUCAAGAUGGUGCUCGAAAGUACUAUGGUCUGUGUGGACAACAGUGAAUACAUGCGCAAUGGCGACUUUCUGCCCACCAGGCUUCAGGCUCAGCAGGAUGCAGUUAAUAUUGUUUGUCACUCCAAGACUCGCAGCAACCCUGAAAACAACGUGGGCCUCAUUACCAUGGCAAACAACUGUGAAGUGCUGACAACACUGACUCCAGACACGGGGAGGAUACUGUCAAAGCUGCAUGCGGUACAGCCUCGUGGAAAUAUCAGCUUCUGCACGGGCAUCAGGGUAGCACAUUUGGCCUUGAAGCACAGACAGGGCAAAAACCACAAGAUGCGCAUUAUUGCGUUUGUUGGCAGUCCAGUAGAGGACAAUGAAAAAGAGUUGGUCAAAAUGGCAAAACGUCUGAAGAAAGAAAAGGUUAAUGUGGAUAUCAUUAACUUUGGAGAAGAGGAGAUGAACACAGAAAAACUGACGACCUUCAUUAACACGCUGAAUGGUAAAGAGGGCAGCGGCUCUCAUCUGGUCACAGUGCCUCCUGGCCCCAGUCUGGCGGACGCUCUGCUGUCUUCGCCCAUCCUCGCCGGGGAAGGCGGUGCAGUGUUAGGCCUGGGCGCCAGUGACUUUGAGUUUGGAGUAGAUCCCAGUGCAGACCCAGAGCUGGCUUUGGCUCUGAGGGUGUCGAUGGAGGAGCAGAGACAACGGCAAGAGGAUGAAGCCCGCAGAGCCGCUGUGGUAUCAGCUGCUGAAGCUGAAAUUUCCUCACCCGCGGACGAAUCUGAGGAUGCCCUGUUGAAGCUGUCCGUUCCAAAUACAGACUCUGCUACACCUGCGUUGCCUGAUUUCAGCCGUAUGACAGAGGACGAACAGAUUGCAUAUGCUCUUCAGAUGUCCAUGCAAGGAUCAGCAGCAGAGUUUGGUGGCGAGGACAUGGACACCGGUGCUGACAUGGACUCAAGUGAGGCAAAGGAUGAAGAAGACUACGACGUGAUGCAAGAUCCAGAGUUCCUUCAAAGCGUCUUGGAGAACCUUCCUGGCGUUGACCCUAACAACGAGGCCAUCCGUAACGCUAUGGGUUCACUGGCCUCACAGACUGGCCCUAAACCUGACACCAAGAAGGAUGAGGAGAAAAAGAAAUGAGCAUUUAAAGGGAAGAGUGAAAUAUAUGCUCACUCAACAUUUCUGACAGUUGUGUUGCAGGUGUAUAUCACAGGGCAUAAAAACACACUCUUCUGCUUUUUUUUUUUUUUUUGCACCAUCUUCAUGUUGCUGUUUAAGCUGUACCUCUAACUUAAGGUUACAUUAAUUUGUGUCCAUCUAUUUUUCCAAAUGCCAAACAGUUUUGUUUGUUUUGUCAUAAUGUGAAUAUUUUCAACUCCAUUACAAUCUGUAAUAAAUUAACAAAUUUCUAAGUACAUUUCCAGGGUAUUGAUGUCCUGUGGGUAAUCUGAUAAAUGAAUGCAAAGCUAGUGGUUAGUUUGACUUGUGUUCCAUACACAAAUCGUAGCUCUGGCAGCAACUCGAGCCAAGGAUUUUCGAGUAGAGUGAUUUUUUUUAGACAUGAAGUAAAACGCAUUGUUAAGUAGAAA